AUGUCAAAAGAUGCAUUUGACCUUGGAUUAUGGCAUCUCCUACGGAAUAUCAAAGAAGAAAGUUCCAAAAAUAGAAGGGAAAAUGUGACUUCAACGCCAUUCCUUCAUUAUAAAAGGGAACCAACUGAACCAAUUUCAGUACAUUGCCACAAAAAACCAAUGAUCUUAGAGAUGUCUAAAGCUUGCUUGCAUUUGUUUCUCCUCGGAAUGGUGAUUGUUUUCACCGCCAUUCCCUCUUCAUCCGAUGACGAUGGACAACCGACCGUGGCUCCAUUCCACGGUGAGAAACUAUUGGAACAAGACCCCUUCCAGCUACUUGAACCUACUUGGAGGCACCUUAUACAAGGGGAAGUCGAAGAUCAAAGUCCGAUUCCAGGUGAAAAAUCACCUAAGGAUGAGGGUGGGAAGUUAGGGAGAAGAUUAUUGGGGUACGAAGUUGAAGAAAGUACUCCGUCCCCCGCUGAAAGUUCACAUGAUGAUGAGGGAGAGAAACCGGCAAGAAGAUUACUGGGAGACAACGUUGAAGCAGAAAGUUCAUACGAUGGUGAAAAAUCACAUGAUGUUGAGGGAGAGAAGCCAGGAAGAAGAUUAUUGGAAGACAAUGAUGAAUCAGAAAGUCGGUCUGCUGGGGAUAAACCAUCGGAUGAUGAGGGAGAGAAGCCGAAAAGGAGAUUACUAGAAGACGGUGUUGAAGUAGAAAGUUCGUCUACCGGUGAAAACUCAUCUGAUGAUGGGAGGGAGAAGCCUAAAAGGAGAUUACUAGAAGACAAUGAUGAAUCAGAAAGUUCAUCUUUUGGUGAAAACCCAUCUAAUGAUAAGGGAAAGAAGUUGAAAAGAAGAUUAGUAGAAGACGAUAUUGAAUCAGAAAGUUCACCUGCCGGUGAAAACCCAUUAGAUGAUGGGGGAGAGAAGUUGAAAAGAAGAUUACUAGAAGACGAUGUUGAAUCAGAAAGUCUGUCUGCCGAUGAAAACCCAUCGGAUGAUGAGGAAGAGAAGCCGAAAAGGAGAUUACUAGAAGACGAUGUUGAAUCAGAAAGUCCAUCCCCUGAUACAAAACCAUUUGAUGAUGAGGGAGAGAAGUAUAAAAAAAGAUUACUAAGAGACGAUGUUGAAUCAGAAAGCCCUUCCGUCAGUGAAAAAUCAUAUGAUGAUGGGGAAGAGAAGUCGAAAAGAAGAUUAUUAGAAGACGACGUUGAAUCAGAAAGUCCUUCUGUCGGUGAAAACUCAUAUGGUGAUGAGGGAGAGAAGCCGAAAAGGAGAUUACUAGGAGACGAUGUUGAAUCAGAAAGUCUGUCUGCCGGUGAAAAACCAUAUGAUGAUGAGGGAGAGAAGCCGAAAAAUAGAUUACUAGAAGACGGUGUUGAAUCUAAAAGUCCGUCCACCAGUGAAAACCUAUCGGAUGAUGGGGGAGAGAAGCAGAAAAGAAGAUUACUAGAAGACAAUGUUGAAUCAGAAAGUUCGUCUUUCGGUGAAAACCUAUCAGAUGAUGAGGGAGAGAAGCCGAAAAAGAGAUUAUUAGAAGACGAUGUUGAAUCAGAAAGUCCAUCCGCUGAUACAAAACCAUCUGAUGACAAGAAAGAGAAGCCGAAUACUAGACGACGAUCAAAAAGUCCUGAUGUUGAGGAAGAAAGCCCGUUCGCUGGUGAAAAACCAUCUAUUAUUGAUGGAGAGAAGUCGCGAAGAAGGUUACUAGAAGAUAAUGUUAAAUCAGAAAGUUCAUCCACCGGUGACAAACCAUGUGAUGAUGGGGUAGAGAAGUCGAAAAGAAUACUACUUGGAGAUGACCUUGAAGGAAAAAGUCCUGAUGUCGAGGAAGAAAGUCCGUUCGUUGGUGAAAAACCACCUAUUAUUGAUGGAGAGAAACUGAGAAGAAGGUUACUAGAAGUUAAUGUUGAAUCAAAAAGUCUGUCUACAGAUGAAAAAUUAUCUGAUGAUGAGGGAGAGAAGCCGAAAAGAAGAUUAUUGGGAGACGACGUUGAAGCAAAAAGUCCUGAUGUUAAAUAA